GCGGCCAAGCGCGAGACAGUGCGAAAAACGUCUGUGCUACAGCCGAAGGCAGGCUACGGAGAGAAUACGAGAGUUUUAAAAAGAAAACGGCUUUUAAGCCGCCUUAUAGUAAAUUAUUUCUAUUAGUAAUAUUAUUGUAUACUCUAGUAAUUAUCAAACACAAAGGGCUGUGAAGAGCGAAUAAAACUGAAAACUACGAAGUAUUAAGAAAAGGAAAAAAGAUGGCCACGAACGUCGCAACCGCUACGGCCGAGUCACAAUAUUUCUAUGAAGAUGUCGUUUAUCGAGUCGACAAACGGGGUAACGUUAAAUUUGGUAUUGUUAUGGAAAACGACGAUCAAGAUAUGUCCGACGAUAGUUCCGACAGCGAGGAUGGACCUAAGCGUAAAAAGGGUGAAAUACGCGUAGUAUGGCAUCCUUCGGGUGUCGAAGAACUCGUCAAUUCCAAAAAGGUACACCUCGCCGAUAGAACUCUGAUGCCUGGUGAUGUUGUGAGAAGAAUGAUCAAGGGUAAGGAUACCCAAAGAGGAUACUGUCGCGAUAUCGAGCUUACCGCUUGUGUACAAGUUGUUGGAACGAAACAAGUUCUAACAGACAUUCGGAGCGAGGAUUUAGUGCCUCUGGAGGAAUUUGAUAGUGAUAUUGCCGUAUGCAUGGAUUCUUGGGUCGGUGCUAUUAGGAUGGUACAUUUUAAACUCUGGUUAACAACCGCCGAUGGUUCUCGAUGCGUCAUCAAUGAGACUGACGCGCGAGCUCUUGAACAUUUUGAAGAAAAACGAGACAACGAUAACGAUUUUCCUCACACAUCAGAGUUUUACCCAGGCCAAAGUCUGUGGGGUCCGAUACAUUGUCUGGAUGAAGCUGAGUGGAUAUCUUGCACGAAAGAGAUGAUGGCAAAGAGAAAGUCAAAACCGCAAAAAAUAACGAAAGUAACGGUACAAGAAGUCGAGACAGACUGGGUGGGUGUACAUUGGCAAUGUCGAGCUUAUUCGAAGGACGGGGCAUGGUCGGAUCAGGCGCAACCAAAAUUCGUGGUGGAUGGUCCAGAUUUGAAAAAACUAAAACUACUGAAUGUUUUUGAGCCAUCAACGCUCCAAGUGGGCGAUCGUGAUUUUUACGUAAUCAAGGGUAAUGAGAACGUAAUAACGAGGGAACAAUGGCGAAAGCGACAGCGUGAGGUUUUUCAAAUACCGAAGAACAGUCCCCGAAAGUCACGCGUCAAUGCAAAAAUAGCCGAGGACAAGAAAAAAGAAAAGAACGCGAAGGAUCGUGGAAAAUUGUCUCAAACCCAAGAUAACGACGCUAAUCAAGCAGUGAGGCUCAUCAGCGUUAGUACUACAGACAAAACCUGUGUCCUCGGCACAACAAAUAGUGUGAACAACAGUUUGCUACCUGCACAGAACCAAAAUACUGAGAAUUCCGAUGAUUGGGACACCGAGGACGGUGGAUCACAGAGCGAUACCGCCUCCAUGUCAAGCGGAUGUUCAAGCAUGUCUACGGGUAAGAAGAAAAAAGGUCCAGCAUUAAUGACAGAAGUUUUGAAAAAGAAGAAACUCUGUAAAGCCAAAAAGAAAGCAGUUCCAGUGCCUCUUGUACCUGGAACGAAAAUAGUCGUUGAAACUCUUUCCACGAAUACAAAAGCAAAUGUAGUUUGGCAGGACGGUUCCGUCGAACUAGGUAUUCCAUCCACUCAUCUCUAUCCCAUACAUCAUCUCGACGACAAAGAAUUUUUCCCCGGUGAUUUCGUGGUCGAUCAGAAAGAAGAAUCAAGAAUGUACGGGGUUGUGCAGAGCGUCGACCAUCAGGGACGAACGGCUAAAAUAAAAUGGUUUAGGACCUACACAUCCAGUCAAAGUCCUCAGCCAACAUUGCUGGAGGAACGCGAAGUUAGCGUUUACGACCUAAAGGAUCAUCCGGACUUUCAAUACAGACCGGGAACUCUCGUGAUAAGAAUUGCAAAUUUUGAGGGCGAAGAUGCCGGCUGUACAGCUGGUCAGGUUCUCGAUAAUUAUCCUGAGGGUCGCGUUAAAGUUUGGUGGGUCGAUGGUCACGUGAGCAUGUGUUGGCCACAAGAUUUGUACAAAGUGGGUGAAUAUGACAGUGACGAGGGUGAACUAUGGGAUGAUGUUUCAUCCGAUGCGUCCUGGGAAACGGAAUUGGAAGAUUGUUAUCUCGCUGAUAACGACGGUACCGAGCAAACCGAGUAUAUCAAACCUAAAUUAGCAGCUCAUAUUGAGAAAGCAAGAAUCGCUAUGUCGCGUUUGGAAGAAAUAUUUACGCAAAAUCCUGCUUUGCAAACUACCGAGGUUAUGAGAAAACUAUUAGAAGUUUACAAAGAUUGUCGUUGCAUGGACAAGUUGAUGGGUACGUCGUUUUUCCACGAAAGCCACUUUCAGGGUUUACUCGAGCGCGUGCGUGAGCGAGGUCGAGCAAACGUAGCUCAAAGGAUGGCCGAUCAAGUCACGAGACUUUUCACUCAUCAAUCCGCAAGCUCGGAUUCGCACGGUGAAAACACUGAAAAUGCAAAUACGAUACAAAACGCAACGGGUGAAUUGGAAAAAAUUACUACGAAAAUAACGGAUGCCGUCGAAGCUACAGGAAAUUCAGAAAAACCUUUGGAUAUUGGCUCCAUAGAUCCCAAGGAAGAAGAAAUCGACGAUAUAUUCAUAGACGUCAAGCCGAAUCCAGGUGAUUCGGGCCUCUAUUCGUCCGAGAAUUCGAAAAAAGAAUCUGGCUCGAGUGAAUCGAGCGGUGAAUUUCAGUUAUCGGAAGAUGCGAAUAUCCCAAAUGAGAGUUCAUCGCCGCAGGAUGAUUGGGACAAAGAAAAUCGCGAAGACAGAGUUAAGUUGAACGAAAGUUUCACCAAUUCGCACGUAGCAAGCUCUCACGUUUGCGUCAAACUGUGCACACUCAUAAAGGCACAAUUAGUAUUAGCACAUGCGGAGGUUUCCAAGAGAUUCGGACUAGCAAAAAUGUCACUCUCGGAUGCGGCUAAAAGUACCUCACCUCAGAAAAAAUCUCCGAAAAAAGAGGACGAGCGGGAAGAGAAAGAAGAAAAAGUCCUCGAGACACAAUCGAUAGUAUCUUGCGAAUCCAAUAUUGAAAUUCCACCUCCUAUUUAUACAGAGGGUGAAGGUUUUUCGAUAGAGGAAAGUGCACCGGAUAGUCAUAAAUUCAAGCUCACCAUGUUCCAGCCUACCGAUCCAACGAAUUUCUUCCGAACCGUGUCGAAAGAGCUCAAAUUAUUGAGAAGCUCUUUACCACCGGGUAUAUGGGUCAAAGGUUUCGAGGAUCGAAUAGAUUUAUACUCAGUUAUGUUCCGUGGUCCUGAAAAAACACCCUACGAGGACGGUCUUUUCCUUUUCGACUUUCAACUUUCCGCCGAUUAUCCAGCAGCACCGCCCCUCUGUCAUUAUAUAUCGUACUGCAGCGACAGACUCAACCCUAAUCUGUACGAGGAUGGAAAAGUUUGUGUGAGCCUUUUAGGUACGUGGGCAGGCCGUGGAACCGAAGUAUGGACAAAUUCUUCAACGUUACUGCAAGUUAUAGUCUCGAUUCAGGGUCUCAUACUCGUUUCCGAGCCGUACUUCAAUGAAGCAGGAUUCGAGAAACAAAAAGGAUCUCAGCAAGGUCGUGAAAAUUCACGAAUGUAUAACGAGAUGGUUGUAUUGAAGCUCGUUCAAUCACAGACGAAAUUACUCCAAUAUCCACCGAGUGUUUUCAAGGAUGCUAUUCUCAGCCACUUCAACAGACAUGCUGAAAAACUUUUAAAACGUGUAGACACGUGGAUGGAAAUCAGCGAACAGCACAAUAAUCAGCAUCCGUUAUCCCCCGUUACACCGACGACUUUCAAAGAAAUUGCACAGAUUGAUGAGACAAUCCUUCCAGAGUUUCCGCUAAUCCCAGCUUCAAAGGGUUUUUGCAUCACCUUGAGGAAGACUCUCGCAACAUUUAAGAAUGCUCUCGUUAAAGAGGGAAUCAUACAAGCUCCGAUUGACACAAAACUCUUCGAGACAUCCAGAGAGUCUAUUGAACUGAAUCACGAUGCCGCAUCCUCAAAAGGCGAAACUUCGACAAUUUCGGCGACCGAGACGUCACCCCCGAGCAGGACCUCGAUCAAACCGCAGUCCUCGAACGGUGGAAUAUGCAAAUCCGUGGAAAAUACAACAACGAGUCUCGACGGUGUUGCUAAUUGCGAGACGAAAAAAGAUAACAUCGAGAAAAAUAUCAGCUAGCCACAAGGUAAAUCGAAGCGUCUAGCUUAUAAAGGUCACGCAGCUAUUCGGUAAUACAUUGAAUAAAUUAAUUCCCAAAUAAUUUCAUUCGCAAUACAUAUAUAUAUAUAAACAAAUUAUCUAACCCUAAGUUAUAUAUGCGUGUACGUAUGCAUAUAUACCUCAGGGAUAUUAAAGCGAUAUAAAUAAUUGGAUAACCUUUCACAAUUGAGAGCUGAUCCAUCGACGUGUGCCGUACCCGAUAAAACGAUUCGCGAUCGUCGAUUAUUCGUCAAGCGGCCAGUCGAAGAAUAAAUUGCGUAAUACCGGUUUUCUUUAUUUAUCCGAAUUUAAAACGAAGAAAAUAUCGAAAAACUUGUCCGAUUACUAUGAAUAAUAAUUGGAUAUCUCGAUGGACUUGCUCCAACAAAUGAUAACGCCGAAGUUUGUUUCUUCUCGUAUUCCGUGCGAUUUGAUAAAUCAAUGGUUUUUACCAGUGAAACAAAUUAAUCAGCCUCAUUAGUCAAGUAUUAUAAGUACUCGGGCGUUCAUACGCUCUUCUUUUUUCCCUCCUGCUCCUUAUUAUUAUUUCUUAGAUAGUUCGUAAAAUCACGGAGCGUGCGGUGCACGUUUUCAAAGGGAAAAAGAAUAGUACUUUGCUCGAGGCCCAUGUAUUCGAUUAGUAUGAAAGCAACAACAGCAAAUAAAAUACAAAAAGGAGACAAAACUCACAAAAAAAAAACCGGUAGCAAUACGUCGAGCCAACGCGAAAAUUAAUAAAAUCGCAAGUAGCGUCGUGAAAGAUCCACGAUAUUAUUGGAAAGCAAAAUAAAUAUUAAAAUAAACUGAAAUAAAAACAAAAGUCAAGCUGCGCAGUGAAUGAAAGUAGAAAGAACGGGUUCGGAUGUUUAAAUUAGCUAGACAAUUAGUGCGCAUUCCUCGAGAGUUUAUCAAUUAAAAAUAAAUAAAUAAAUUUAAAAAACAUAUAUAUUAAAAACAAAGAUUAUUCGAGAGAUUAGAAGUUUCAAUUGUCCUUUAUCGAUUCACAAAACUCAAAUCACAUGCCAUCCAUUAUAGCGAGGUGUUUAUUUUGCAGAGUGAAAUUAUUCGCACCGGAAAAAUUAUACGACGAAGUGAAUUUGUUGAGUAGAUAAACAUAUUUGAUUUUUUAAAACAUCGAUAUUGAUUUGAGUUUGCAAAAAAAGUCGGUAUAAGACGAGACACAUUGGCUGGUUUAGAACUGCUGAAAAGUCAACAGUGAAGAACUUUUUUGAGGCUCGUUCUCAAUGGUAAAAAGGUACAAAUUUAAUGGGGACUUUGGAAUCUUCAAUCUUAACCCGAAAACAAUGGGAAAUUUCAUAUUUUGUCUAAAUUUAAAAGAAACAAAUUUUUAAACAAUCCAUACACGGUUCUAGUCAUUUGAGAACGACUCCAAAAAAUUUUUCGUCAUGUUUGAAUCAAUAAAUCGGCUAAUAAAACGCAUCACAUGUACCAAUGUUCUCAUAACCUUAUAUCGAAUUUGAGAAAAAAAGUGUACGCGAUUAUUCAUUUUCAAUGGUUCGCUGUUUGUGAGGAAUGCGACGUUAUCUAUCGAUUCCGUAACGCGUAGAAUUAUAUUAAUGCAAAAAAAAAAACAAAAAAAGUUCGCGCAAUUAAGAGAAGAGACGAUGAACUAAAACAAUUUGCCGUCGUUGAAACUUUAGUAUAAUGUUAUUUACGUUUUGUCGUAUUUCCACCAAGUCCGAGGCUCUCUUAUCUCUUCAAGAAAUAUCCAUAUUAGUACUUAUUCGUUCAAUGUACGAUCGGUUACCUCUCAACGCGUUGAUCUGCAAAAAUUUUUUUGUCGAAUUUUAAAAGAUAAAAAAAUAAAUAAACCACCGAAGCACGGUAAAGAUACUGAUCGAACGAAGACAAAAAUGUACAGUAUUUUUUGUCUAUACUACUUUCCUAUUACGAUUAUUUUUUACUAUUAAUGUAAUUAUUUAUUUGUAAAUUUUGUGUGAACCGAUCAAAAGACAAAACGGAUGAGAAUUACUGAGGAAUGAAUGUUAUUAUAAAGAUCUAAGAGGCCCGUAAUGGAACCCAGACCGACUGGAGAAAAAGUAAAUAUUCAAUCAAUUAAUCUCAUUAGCCAUAGAUCGUUCUUUUCUUUAUUUAUAUUUCUGUCAAAUCCCGAAUACACUAUGGAUUUUUUUUUUUAAAUAUUAUUUAUUGCCAUAGUUGGUGAGAGUUGGCCGUUCCUAAUAUGACCGGAAGAGAAGUUUAGUAAUUAAGUAUAUUUGAAGAAACGAGAGAACGAGAAAGAAAGAAAAAGUGUGAAACUACAGGUACAAUUAAGAAAUAUUAAAAAACAACAAUUAAAAAAAGAACACAUUUCCAUAAUGGUGCUCAUUAAUUAAAUUGAAUAAGAGAAAAAAAAACGUUUGAGUCUAAACGAGAAAUGAUUUGCAAAAAAAGCACACAAGAAAUAACAAAAAAAAACGUCUCGAGAUGGCGAGAGAGGAAUAACUUUCUUUUCUUCCGGGGGGGGAAAAAAAAAUACAAACGAUAGACGGAAAGUGAUGUUUGGGAUGCCUUGUAUAUGUGCCAGCUAUUUAUAUUUACAUUAUCUAAGUAAUUGUAUUCGUAAGUCUUGUAAAGCUUUAAUUUCGCUGUAUGUUUCGUAGUCACGUGUGUGAGCAAAUGAAAGACGAAAGAAAGAACAAAUAAACGAAAAAGAUCACAAUUCGAGAGGAAUAAGAAUAACAACCUGAAGCGAAGUAAGAUACAAGUAGAAAUAUGCGUCACAAAAGUACCAACGACGGGGAUCUCUGUUGUUUUUUUCUCAUGUAUGAUCCGCUUAUUGGAUUAUCGAAUAUUUAUAUCGCCAUUGGUAUGACUCUCAUUUAUGAAAUAAACAAUCGUACGAUUGUCUAUCGGAAAUAUGAAUUUACAAAGAAAAAAAAUAAAAAGUGUGGAAUUACAACGACGCAAAAAAAAACUGUAAUCUCAUUUUUUCGGUUGUUUUGAGUCAAUAAAAACUGGUUAAACAAA